AUGGUUUCUACUCUUCUUUCUGUGUCUUCGACCGUCUUUCCUCCAACUGCUACAUCUGGCCCUGAUUUCAUCCCAGAACCGACCGCUUUCAACCUAUCAAAGAGAGCUGACCACAUUCCAUCAAAUUUUUGCGGCUGGUUCUCGGGAUCAGGCUAUGAUCAAAGAUGGACAUACAAUGAUCCCUCGGUGACAUGCUUCUGGAACAGCGACGCCCAUUUUGUGGGCAAUGCAAUUCCGCCACAGACGGCGUGUGUAGGAGAAGCCCAAUGGAGCACCUGGUCCUGCAGUGGCUCUGGUUGUUCUUCGAGUGUUGCACGGUGUACCGGUACCCAGCCCUAUUGCGUAACCUUCUCCUAUGGCCCCAAUUACUUGUCGUUCGUAUGCUCGGAAAAGGAGGGCAUUGAGUAUCAAAUGGAGCCAUAUUGGAAAGGAUUUAGUGAUCCUAUCGUGUUUCCUGUUUACACUGGAUCAAACGGUGUCUCGACUGGAACACAGUAUCCGGCUGGAUAUCCCACGCCAUCUUCGACGACGAGCUCAAGCUCUAGCUCUAGCACCAGCACGACGUCCAACUCUGCUUCGAGCACGUCGUCGGCUACUUCAAACCCAUCCGAUCACCGCGGUAGUUCUGCACCCGUUGGGGCUAUUGUUGGUGGUGUCAUCGGUGGCUUGGCUUUUAUCAGUUUGAUCGCGGGUGCCAUCGUUUUCUUCCUCCUUCGCCGGAGACAGAGACCACGACCAGGACAACCUCAACAGCUGGCACCUGGUUUCCCACAAGAACCUCAACCACCAAACCCAGCCAUGAAUACGGGGCUGCCAUUGAAUAAAACGGCCCCAAUAAUCCCUGUCCUUGGCCAAGGUCCUCCACAAAGCCCCCGGCUCAACAGCCACCGCGCCACGAAAUCGAAACACAGUAUAACAAGCCCGAGUUAG